AUGACUGAAUUCAAGUUGAAACCCAUUGAGGGUAAAAUAAAAGCUACUGCAAAAAAUCAAAUGAUCGAACGUUUGACGGAGAUGUACAACAAUCAAAAAUACUUCGACGUCAAGUUCGUGUUUCCAACAAUGAAGAAAGAUGGCAAUGAGAGAUUUGUUUAUGCACACAAACUUCUGAUGGCAGUUGCAUCGCCUGUUUUUGAACGAAUGUUCUUCGGAGGCUUCAAGGAGUCAUCGCCAACAUCAGCAGGAAGCAAAACGAACGAUGCUAUGACUACAGUUGAGAUUCAGGAUAUCGAGCCAGAAGUAUUUCAAACAGUGUUAAGGUAUGUGUACACGGGAGACUGGGAAUAUCACAGCAUAAAGGAGUUGUUUCAGAUUUUUGCGGUUGCAAACAAAUACGAGAUGAUCGACUUGGAGAAUGCGUCGGAACAAAUUAUCGCGGAAAAUGUAAACAUCGAGAAUGCCUGUCAAAUUCAUGAUUUUGGAAUAACUUAUGAUAAAGAAUAUAUGAAAGCUAAUUCAAUGAAAUAUAUACAACAGUACACAAGUGUAGUUUUAAAAUCGCCAUUUUUCCUCACGUCUUUGUACGAAACGGUUCUCGCAAUUCUCGAUCAGGAUCAUUUGAAUGUCGAGGAAGAAGUCGAAAUAUUUCGUGGCUUGCAGCAAUACGUUUUCCGCAAUGAACUAACGCGUGACUUUUACAAGGAAAAGAAGAACGGCGAAACGGGAAAGGAUCUUUUACGAAAAGCAGUUUCACGAAUUCGAUAUCUCGCAAUGCCAAUGGAAGACUUUGCAAAUGGACCUCUUAUUUCGGAUUUAUUGACGCCCGAUGAGAAAAUUACUUUGACACAUUUGAUGGCAUCUCGUACCCCAAAACUCAAAUUGCCCCAAGGAUUUAGCGAUUCGAAAAUUGAUCGAGGAUACAUAAGCAAGAUCAUCGAAAUUUUGAAAUAUCGCUUGGAGGCAAUGCCCGACAAAGAGUAUUACUGUUGCUAUAAACACACGAAUGUAACGAUCACGGAGUUGAUUUUUACCAUGAAUUGCAAUGAGCUUGGACGAGAUGAACUUUUGAAGGCGCUUGAAGUCAAACAGUUUAAAGCAGAAAAGAUGUACGACAAACCGUAUUGCGUGGAUUUCUUGCAGACUUUGUUGGAUAGUGAAGAUGAUUUUGAUGCGAAGGUUGUUUUAGUUGAUUAUAUGCAGGCGCACGGUUUUAUCGAGAGAUUUUUGACAUGA